AUAAUACCAACCGCAAAGUCAAAGUCAAGCCGAAAAUUCUUAUGUCAGUUGCACUUUGGAGCGUGGUCCACGUGCACCAUGUUUCUGUUAUUAAUAGCUACGAUCACGGUAUUGUCAAUCACUUUGCUCGUUUUAAGAUUAAAAAAACCGAACAAUUAUCCUCCAGGUCCAACAUGGUAUCCGAUUGUAGGAUCCGUAUCAGCUGUAAAGAAGGUGGCAAAAGCUUAUGGUGGAGCACAUGUGGGGUAUUCGAAGUUGGCUGAAAUGUACAAUACCAACGUUUUGGGUCUGAAAUUUGGCAAGGAAAACGUGGUCGUUGUCUUGACAUAUCCUCUGGUAAAAAAGGUUUUAACAUCAGAAGAAUACGAAGGGAGACCAGAUGGAUAUUUUCUUAGAUUAAGGUGCAUGGGGACUCGACGAGGCAUAACAAUCACCGAUGGCCCUUCUUGGAAGACGCAAAGGAAUUUUGUUACUAGCCAUCUUCGAAGUCUCGGAUACGGAAAAAAACCGAUGGAGAAACUAAUCUGUGAAGAAGUUUCCGUGCUUCUGGAUGUCAUAAAAGAAAAAGAAAAUGAAGAGAUUCGAAUUGGUUCUAUUUUGGCGUUUUCUGUGUUAAAUGUUUUAUGGGCACUAAUGGCUGGGUCUAGGCUAGAUCGAGAUGAUACUAGAUUAAAAAGAAUUUUGGAUCUAUUUGACCAAAGGGCGCGCGUAUUUGACAUGUCUGGAGGGCUACUCAACCAGUUUCCCUGGCUAAGAUUCGUAGCACCCGAAAAGACAGGAUAUAGCUUGAUUACCCAAAUAAACAAGGAAUUAAAAGAGCUUUUGCUAACUCUCAUAAAAGACCACUACUCUACAUGGGACGAAGGUAGGGACGAUGAUCUUAUUUACUCUUUUAUAACUGAGAUGAAAAAGCAAAAUGGAAAGGACUCUACAUUUACAGAGGAUCAGCUGAUUAUGGUAUGUCUAGAUCUUUUCAUAGGGGGAGCACAAACGUCCAGCAAUACCGUCGAUUUUGCUUGCCAAUUAAUGAUUUUGCAUCCUGAUGUACAAGAAAAAGUAAGCGAUUGUCUUCAAAAAGCUUUCGAUAGAAAUGAAGAAAUUAUUUAUUCCGAGAGACACAGAGUUCCUUACGUAGAAGCAGUAUUAUCUGAAAUUUUGAGAUUUCGCCACGUGGCACCAAUAACUGGACCAAGAAGAGUAUUGAAAGAUACAUAUUUAGAUAAUUAUUUCAUUCCUAAAGACACCACAGUUUUAAUUAGCACAUAUUCCGUCCACAACGAUAAAGAAUACUGGAAAGAUCCCGAAGUGUUCCGACCAGAAAGAUUUUUAGACUCCGAUGGAAAAUUAGUCUACCACGAGAGAUUAAUUCCAUUUGGUUUAGGAAAACGAAGAUGUCUAGGAGACAUGCUAGCUAAAAGUUGCAUAUUCACAUUCUAUUGCGAAAUGUUGAGAUCCUUCGAACUGAGUAUUUAUCCAGGAUCCGAUAUGCCAAAGGGAAUACCGACACCAGGAAUUACUUUAACUCCAGAAAAAUACAAAACGAAGUUUACAGAUUUCUUCUUUAUCAUGUGGUUCUCAGUAGUGUUGGUAAUUGUUGUUAUAGCUUUUUAUCUGUUUUCAUUGACUAUAAAACCAAAAAAUUAUCCUCCUGGUCCUAGUUGGUAUCCUAUUGUAGGAACUGUGCUAGAAGUAAAAAACCUGUCAAAAAAAUUUAAAGGGCAACAUCUAGCCCAGCAAUAUCUGUCCAGAAAAUAUAAAUCUGACGUCAUUGGUCUUCGAAACGGCAAGGAAAAUGUCGUUGUGGUAUUCAAUCAAGCUGCUGUUAAAGCUAUAUUUAAGAGAGAAGAAUUUCUAGCUCGACCCCAGAACUUCUUUUUAUAUUUACGAAAUAUGGGGUUAAUAAGAGGAAUAACGAUUGUAAGUGGCAGACUUUGGCAAAUACAGAGAAGAUUUGUAGUAUCUCAUCUUAAAUAUUUAGGUUUGGGUAAAAGAUCUAUGGAAGUAUUUUUAAGAGACGAAGUUACCGAAAUUUUAAACUUAUUGGAAGAAAAUGAAGGAAAAGAACUACGUGUCGAUGAAAUAUUUACUGUAACAAUACUAAAUAUUUUGUGGGCAUUUGUAGCUGGAAUCCGAUUGGGCAGACAGAAUGAUCUUUUGAAUAGGUUAUUAAAGAUUCUUGAACAAAGAACACGGGCGUUUGAUAUUGCAGGAGGAUUGCUAAGUCCUUUUCCAUGGCUUAGGUUUAUCUCUCCCGAAAAAAGCGGAUAUAACUUAGUCCAGCACGUUAAUGCAAAAAUAAAAGAUCUAAUUUUGGAAACAAUAAACGAGCAUUACGCAAAUUGGGAGCCUGGAAGGAAUGACGAUUUAAUUUAUGCUUUCAUAACAGAGAUGAAAAGCAAUAAGGACCCAGAUAGCACUUUUACAGAGGACCAGUUGAUAAUGGUUUGUUUGGAUAUGUUUUUGGCGGGGUCUCAAAUUACCACUAGUACAUUAGAUUAUGUAUUUUUUGCAAUGAUUUUAUACCCAGAAGUUCAAGAAAAAUCCAGAAAAUGUAUUUGGAAGGCGUUUAGUAAAGACGAACAUAUCGAUUAUAGUGACAGACACAGGGUUCCUUAUAUUGAAGCAGUUAUUUCCGAAGUGAUAAGGAUGUACCACGUAAUGCCUAUUACAGGUCCAAGAAGAGCUACCAAAAAUACCGUUUUAGAAAACUAUUCAAUACCUAAAGAUACGACAAUAUUAAUAAAUAUAUAUUCAGUAAAUCACAACAAGGACUACUGGAAAGAUCCUGAAGUUUUUAGACCCGAAAGGUUUCUAGACAGCAACGGAAACCUUUUCUAUCCAGAAUAUUAUAUGCCUUUUGGUACAGGACCCACUUGGUAUCCUAUUGUAGGAUCCUUCCUAGAACUAAAAAGGCUUUCAAAAAUAUUUAAAUCACAACAUCUCGUCCAGCAGCACCUAUCUAACAAAUACCAAUCUGACGUCAUUGGUCUUCGAAACGGGAAGGAAAAGGUAGUCGUUGUUUUCAAUAAUGCUGCAGUCAAAGCUAUCUACAAGAGAGAUGAAUUCCAAGCGCGACCAAGGACCUUCUUUUUGUAUUUAAGAAAUAUGGGGAUACGAAAAGGAAUAACAAUUGUAGAUGGAAAACUUUGGCAAAUACAGAGAAGAUUUGUAGUAACCCAUCUCAAAUAUUUAGGUCUAGGUAAAAGAUCUAUGGAAGUAUUUUUAAGAGACGAAAUUACUGAGAUUUUAGACUCAUUGAAAGAAAACGAAGGAAAAGAACAACGUGUAGAAGAAAUAUUUAUAGUAACCAUACUAAGUUUUUUGUGGGCAUUUGUAGCUGGUACUCGAUUGAGCAAAGAUGAUUUGAUUUUAAAUAGGUUACUAAAGAUUCUUCACCAAAGAACGCGAGCGUUUGACAUUGCAGGAGGAUUGCUUAAUCCAUUUCCAUGGCUAAGGUUUAUAGCUCUUGAGAACACUGGGUAUAAUUUGGUUCUACAAAUGAACGCACAAAUAAAAGAACUACUUUUGGAAACAAUAAACGAUCACUACAAAGAUUGGGCCCCUGGAAGGACCGACGACUUGAUUUACUCUUUUAUAACAGAAAUGAAAAGCAGUCAGGACCCAGACAGCACUUUUACAGAGGACCAACUCUUGAUGUUGUGCUUAGACAUGUUUAUGGCGGGAUCUCAAAUCACUACUAGCACAUUAGAUUAUGUAUUUUUUGCAAUGAUAUUAUAUCCGGAGGUGCAAGAAAAUUGUAGAACAUGUAUUCAGAAGGCCUUUAGGAAUGAUGAACACAUCAAUUAUAGUGAUAGACAUAGAGUUCCUUAUAUUGAAGCAGUCAUAUGUGAAGUGUUGCGGUUGUACCACGUUAUGCCUGUUACAGGACCAAGAAGAGCUACUAAAGAUACUGUUUUAGAAAACUAUUCCAUACCUAAAGAUACAACAAUAUUAAUAAGUAUAUAUUCAGUACACCAUAACAAGGAGUAUUGGAAAGAUCCGGAGGUAUUUAGACCUGAAAGGUUUCUAGAUGACAAUGGAAAUCUCUUCUAUCCAGAACACUUUAUCCCUUUUAGUUUAGGUAAAAGGAAAUGUUUAGGAGACGUUCUGGCAAGGAGUGCAUUAUUUACGAUUUUUUCGGAAAUUAUUAGAAACUAUUCCGUUCACAAAUACCCUGGAACACCAGAGCUUACCAUGGAAUGUAAACCUGGAAUUACAAUAGCUCCAGAACAUUAUACUGUUCAAUUUUUAAGAUGCAAGCCAACUGAAACGAUGAAUAAAUAAUUUUAAAGCUAAACCUGGAAGGGUACUUACCCUUACAUGCUUAGAACUUUGUUAUAAAUCUAUAAAAUAAGGUAUAAUCUACAAAAAUAGUACAAAUUUCAAUUGUCUUAAAUUCUUUAAAAAAUGUUUUUCUUAAAUGAUUUCAUAAAAUUUUAUUAUAUUUGUAUUGUAGAAAUGAGUUAUAAAUGGGUACCUAUAUGAGUCGUUUGGUUUCAAAACCCGACAAAUCCACUGAGGUCAAAUGUUGGGAAAUUCAAAAAAACUGUCUUGGUAUGAAAGUUAAGCUUAUGGUUAGGUAUUAAUUGGAUUUGCUGGAUUUUGAAACCAACCCAAUAUUUGAAAUGAAUUUAAAUGAAUGAAGCGAAUUAAGAUUAGAUUUGGAGGGUUUUGCAUCGUAAAUUCAGUAUAAACUUAUAGAGGGCAAGAUUACAAAUAUGCUCUAUACUAUUUAGACGGAAAGCUAGAGCCGAAAAAUCAUAGUCAUAAGUAAUAUGGAGUUUUUCCUGUGAAAUGUGUCCAUUGUAUAUUGACAAUUAUGACCCCUUUCAGGCUGACACCUCAGUGGAUACAGGAAGUAGCAAUAAGGGAUGAAAGGGGAAAGUUAGUGCAGUCAUUAAAGGUUUUCACCUCCUAUUUUCUCAAACCUCCAUCGAUUUGCAUGAAAAUUGGUGACUAUUUAGAGCAUACCUCAAGAAACAAAACUGAUUUGGUGCCACUUGAACUUUUACCCUGGUGGUGAAUACCACCCCUUCCCGCGGGUGAAAA